GUGACCAGUUGCGGUACGGUGACAACCCUGGCUCGUAGGUAGUACUACGUGUAAUUAUUAAGAAUAAAAAUAUUGAAAACGCCUGUGAGCCAAAGGCCUGCGACUUGGCCUGGGACAAAUCUAGCAGGCAACGCAAACAACUUUCGGCUAAGCAACAAAGACACUGACUUGGCGAAAUUCGUGCGUCAGACGAGGGAAGAAGGCAAGAAGCAGCUACCGAGCGCCCCGAAUAGCAGAGAUUUUUUCUGGAGGAAAACCGAAGGAAACUGGGAUCUGCAACGAAACUGCAAAGAACAUCCCGCACCCCCGUCAAAAGGGGUCAUAUAUGUAGUGGACUAGGGGCAAGAGAGAGCGCCCGGCCAACAUUAACAUCUUCCUCGAGUCCAUCAGCCAGCUGGCGGCGCUGGCCACCAGGAGCUGCAUCAUGCAGCUGCUCAUCUCGUCCGUGUGCAUGGCGCUGACCAGCGCCGUGAUCGGGUAUGCCUACUACCAGAAGCAGCAGUUCUACCCGGCGGUCGUCUACAUCACCAAGUCGAACGCCUCCAUGGGGGUCAUCUACAUCCAGUUCUUUGUGAUUGUCCUCAUGUUUGCCAAGCUGCUGCGCAAGAUCUUCUUGGGCACGCUGCGCGCCGCCGAAUUCGAGCAUUUACUGGAGCGCUUUUGGUAUGCCCUCACUGAGACCUGCCUGGCCUUCACCGUAUUCCGGGAUGACUUCAAUCCGCGCUUCGUGGCCCUGUUCACGGUGCUCCUAUUCCUCAAAUCAUUCCACUGGCUGGCCGAGGAGCGUGUGGACUUUAUGGAGCGUUCGCCCGUGCUGGGCUGGCUGUUCCAUAUACGCGUGGGCAGCCUGCUGACCAUGCUGGGCAUCCUCGACUACGUGCUGCUGAUGCACGCCUACAAUUCGACGCUGGUGCGCGGACCCACUGUCCAGCUGGUCUUUGGCUUCGAGUACGCCAUCCUGCUGACGGUCAUCGCCAGCACGGCCAUUAAGUACGUGCUGCACGCCGCCGAGAUGCGCACGGACACGCCCUGGGAGAACAAGGCGGUGUUUCUGCUGUACACGGAGCUGGUGAUUGGCCUCAUCAAGGUCGUGCUCUACAUCCUGUUUGUGGUGAUCAUGGCCAAGAUCUAUGCGCUGCCCAUGUUCGUUUUCCGGCCCAUGUUCUUCACCAUCCGAAACUUCCGGAAGGCUUUGAACGAUGUGAUUAUGUCGCGGCGGGCCAUUCGCAACAUGAACACCCUAUAUCCGGAUGCCACGCCGGAGGAGCUGCGCCAGUCGGACAACAUCUGCAUUAUCUGUCGCGAGGACAUGGUCAAUCACUCAAAGAAGCUGCCCUGCGGCCACAUCUUCCACACCACCUGCCUGCGUUCUUGGUUCCAGCGCCAGCAGACCUGUCCCACUUGCCGCCUAAAUAUCCUUCGCACCCCGGCUGUGAAUUCGACGGCAAUGCCGCGGGCUGCGGAUGAUGCGGCAGCCGCCGGCGCCGCUGCUGCUCCUGGAAAUGCCGCUCCAGCGGCAGCAGGUGCCCAGCCGGCUGCGGCUGCACCGGUUGCAGUUGCUCCUGGAGGCGAUGCUAACCAAGGACGAGGCAAUAACCCGCUGCCGCCCAGUUUUGCAGAGCUUUUUGGCGAUACCAAUGGCCUGCCCAACUUGGCUGGCAUGAUGACACCGCCACCGCCGGUCAUGCCCAUGCUGCCACCCUUCAUGAUGCCUCCGCAAUUGGUAUACUUUACGCCGCCACCCCUACCGCCGCCGCCUAUGCCGCAGGAUCUGACAAAGUUCACCAUUGAGGAGCUGCGCGCCAUGGAGGGGCACCAGCGCGAGCAGAUUGAGCAGCGCCUCAAGCUGCUGCGCAACAUCAACCUCAUGCUGGACUCGGCGGGGAUAAUGAUGUCGCAAUACCAGAGCUUGGCAGCCAGCCUGCAGCUUAACUCAGUGCCAGCGACAACCGCGGCAGCAGCAGCAGCAGCUCCAGCUUCAGCUCCAAGCUCAGAUGUAGCACCUGGAUCUUCAGCUGCUUACGACAAGCCCAGCACCUCGGCCAUGGCCAGGGCCCAACUGGAGGAGGAGGCGGCGGCUCAUCAGGUAAAUGCCACAGCAGCAGCAGCCGUAGAGAAGGUAACCAUUGAGGAUCUGGGCGCGGAUGAGGAUGAUGUGCCAUCUACGGCCACGGAGACGGUUAGCCUGGUGAGCACUUCCGAGGCCGACUUUGAUGAGAACUCCUCGGAGCUGGGUGAGCUAAGGAAGCGCCGCUUGAAGUUUCUGGAGGAGCGCAACAAGUCAUCCACGUCAGCGGAAUAGAGGAGUUAAGGAAUUCGGGACGAUCAAUCCAAGCAACAGCCUUCAUCAACCAUUUGCUAUACUCUUCGAAGGUAUAUCGAUUCCUUUUUUACUUGGCUGCAUCCUGGGGAAUAUCACCGCGACAAUGAUGACAAACGACGACUAUGAGAUGCCCUCACCAUCACACUGAAGCACGAACGAAGCAUCCGAAGGGGCAGGGGCGGCAUCCAAAUUCAAUAUGUAGCAAUAUGUAUUGUGUAAAAACUAUUUUAGAGACGGGAAACUGAUGAUUUGUAUUUAAUAUUACUAUAUGUGUAUAAUUAAUGUGAAUUAUAAUUAAAAACGAAAAUAACG